AUGGCGCCUCGUGGUCAACUGGCGCAACGCGUGGAUACUGACCCUCUCAAAAGACAAAUCCAAAAGCUUUCGUCAAUCACAGGUCCUACAUCUUCCAAUUAUGGCGAGAUUGAUACUAUCGUGAGGGCGUUCGCCUUCUUAUUGAUUGAUCAUGGAACCUCAAACACGGCCUCUGGACAUGCCAGAGUUCUACGAGCAGCAUUUACCGCAGCUCGCUUCUGCAUCGAGGACGCAGAACUUGAACUGGCACUCAGCAUUAUGACAGUGGUAGCACAAAGACUCGAAAACCUGAAAGCUUCAACUCCUGCUAUUGAUCUGGAGAUCUUCCAAUCUUUUGUCGCAGAGAACUUCGCUUUUCGCGUGCAGCUGCAUUAUCUGGAAGGUCAUCUAGACCUUGCUGAGCACCUCUUCGGUAAAGUCCCCAAAACAUAUUCGAUCAAAAACGGCGAAACUGUAGUUCAGAUCUACUACAACAUUGGAUAUCAUGCAUUUGCAUCAUUCCAGAACGAUGUUGCCAUCAAGUGGCUAGAAAGAGCAGCCACUCGUAUCGAUGAGUGCAAUGAGCACCUCAAACCCAAAAGAAGUGGCUUUGAUCACUUGGAGCUGCUUGUUAGACAUACUCUUGCUCGAAUUUACAAGUCUAUGGACACGUCCGAGACGAAGGAUAAGAUGGCAGAGCAGCUCCAGAUUCUCAAGGAGAAAUACGGAGGCAAUCCUGCCGUUAUUUUCCUCCAGUUGGAGACGCUUCGCCCGGCGAAUGAGGAAGACAAAGCCGAAUUUUUCAAAGGUUGCUUGGCUGGUGCCAUGCGUUACCUCAAAUAUGGAGGAGAUCUCAGUGAGGACCAUGUGUUGCAAGCCUUCCAGCUGUUGCUAAAGCAUGUGCCACUCGCUCGAACUGAUUGGGUCGACCGGAGCUUCAUCGCACUUGUAUCCCAGGCUCUUUCUACUUCCCUAGGAGAACACACCAAGAUCGAGGUGAUCUGUGAUGCGGCGCAAAUCUUGAAUUCACGAGGUUUUGAAACGCUGAGUGAACAGGCCACUCAUGCGGCGCUAGCUUUCAUCUGGAAGCACAUCAGCACCGGAUUUGAGACCGACUAUUCCGUGGCACAGGAAUGGUGCCUUAUCGCACUGAACACCAAAAUCUUCGAAGCGUGCUCUUACACAAACAAGAUCCAAAUUCAAAAGAAGUUUGUGAGUCUUGGUCUGGACGGCUUCGAUGCGCCCUCGGCUAGAAAGAUGUUGAGCGUUAUACCUUUGCACAAUAUCAUCGAUCCUCAGGGCGGCUUCAAGAACGACUUCCAGGUUCUGUUUCUUAUGUGGAGACUUGCGUUGCUGGAGUGCAAGGGUGAGAAGCCAAAUUGCACCUGCCAGCAGAUCCUCCAAAAUUCGCCUCCGGCCGGUCACCCACAAAGACUGCAGUUCAUUCAAGCCUGCACUCUUGAAGCACAGCGCCUCAAAAAGUCCGUAGAAGUGAUGAAAUGCCUUCAUGAUUUCAUCGAAGAGGUACAGGAGGGAAGUGAGAAUCCUGAAUCGCCUUCCGAUGGAUUCUUGGAAAGGGAGGAGAUAUUAUUCCUCAUUUACGUUCUCUCAAAUGAAGUGGACAGUGGAAAUCUCGCGGCCCCUGUUGUGACAUUGAUGGCUCAUAACAUCAUAUUAGCGGCCUAUAUGAUGCAACAGGAAGCUCAGGAUGAUUACGUGGCAGUCGAACAAGAAUGGGUGUUUCAAAAAUGUUAUGCCUUAGUCUGCAUCUUGCUGGAGAAUUCCAAGCUUGAGAUGGUAGAGGCACUCAUGAAGACUCUGAAAGAGCUCAUCAUCUUCCUCCAGUCCAAAGAGACAGACAACCCUAGACCAGAGGGGGAGACUACACUGGUGGACGCAAUUGGCCCACGCUAUCUUCUCCUUGUUCUGAUCUUAAAUGUUUGCCGUGCUCGUAGCGCACAGGCUGAUGAAGAGGCCAAAUCUCACUACUACGAGAAAGUCCGAACAGGCUUGCUUAACCUCAGAAACAGCAGAAUUUUUCCCGAGCUCGAUGAUGCGAUGGAGAGCCUUCUUUGGGGCCUCUGCUUUGAAGCAUGCAUCCACGGACAAGAAUGGGACAUGGCUCUAUGGGCCUUUCAUAACUCCAGCCAAUGCGAUGGCGGAAAAAUGAGUGCUCAAUACAUGGAAACCAUUCUAUCCAAGUCAAUGCCCUCAAAAUACAAGGUCUGGCUUGUUCGGGAAAUUAUUCGCCAGAUCUACAGCAAAGACAGUCUCGACUCACUGCUUCUCACACCCAGCCGGUCCAAUAUUCCGUACUACCUGCAAGUCCUGUUUCAUCUCUGCAUCACAGCCCGAAAUCGCGAAGAGACUAUCCCCUCAGAGCUGGAGUUUUAUGAUGAUGACUGUCUUUCCAACGUCUGGGGCAAGGAUGGUGCGGUACAGAUGACGUACUUCCAAAUCGCGGAGUCAAUCCUCGACCAAGUUAUUGCCAGUUCGUUCGAUGAUGAUUACUUGCAGAGCCAUGAACACAUCCAAAUGCACUGCCACAAGGAUCCCGAAUCGGAUGAGAUGUCGCAGUCAGAAUGCGAGCACUAUACUUACCCUAUCGAGGAGCUCGGAAAACUUGCAAGUUUGUCUUUCAAUCAGGCUAUGGACUUCUACGCGGAGGGUAGGGAUGAACUUUGCAAGUCAUGGGCACAGAGAUCCGUGAACAUGGCUUCGUUGAUGGGGGAUGACGCUGGUGAUCAUUUGGUUGCGCUUUUUGAGGAGAGAUUGAAGGCCCUGUUUUAA